GGCUGUCAGAAACUUUUCGUAAGCAGAACUCGAUCUAAAUCUCAAGCAGAAGUACGUACAAAUUAGGAAAAUUAGCAGCGAUGCAAACAGAAAGGCGGUACCUCUCGUACAGAUCCUGGGAUCCUCAGAAGAAACUGGAUCCCCGGAAGGUGAAGAGGAACCGGAAUGAUUUAUUGAAAGAGGAAGGAAAACCGUAUGGCUGCGUUGUAAGAAUACGAAACGAAUUCGAUGGGGAUACAUAUUGGCAAAGGGAAGAUCGAAGGCGGGUUUAUCAGGAUCAAAACUUGCCUAGCUCAUCAAAAAGCUUUAAAAAAGCCAUGGAAAAACCACCACCUAAAAGUAUUGUGAUGGGCAGAAGCUCAUCUUGUAAGAAAUAUGGUAAACCAGGGAGCUUUAAGGAUCCAGAGAAGAGUGAGUCCACCAGGACAUCUAAAACCAGACGAGAAGAACGCGCCAGAGGCGGUUGGAACUUCACCUUCGAUCCCAAGUUGGUCUUCCAGAACAAGGUCGUUUCUUCCGGCCUGCGCAAAGGUCAAGCUAGGAUACUCUACAUGAGUCCCAAGCCCAUUUCCAUAUCGAGCACCAGCCAGGAGAAUGGCACAUCCAUGACCAGGCACACUUAUGUGCCAGAAAGCGAAACCAGGGCGAUGAUGUGCUGUGAAUACAAACAGCAGCUGGAGACUCUUGUGGCACGUUUGCAGGAGCAACAGCAGUUCAUUCAGGAGAUGAUUGAAGAGAAGAAAAGAAAGAUCAAGGAGCAGGAAAGCAGAAGGGAACACCAGGAGGUGAAACGUCAGAAGGAGGAACCUGUGGAGCAACCCGCUGAAAAGCGAGACAAUCUAAUGGAUUACCUCCAGGAGCUGGAGGAACUGCACGAUCGGGUUGGCGGUGUCAUCGAUUAUAAGCUCUACUACGGUUGGAGCGAGAAAUCGGAAAGCGAGUGCGAGGAAAUAGAAUGGAGGUUGCCUUCGAAUCCCGUUCAGGUGGAGAUGGAAAGGGAUCAGAUCAGGCCAGUGGAGAAAUUUCAAGUUUUUAUGCGCUCCUUACUGGCACCCAUCGCCAUGUUCUUCUCCACCGGUCAAAACGAAUCUCCAGCGGACGAUAGUCCCUGCUUGGAUCGAGAGAACUUUGCUCCUUUGGUCUUGGGACCCAGUAUUGAUGAGUCCCUUGCCUUGCUGAUGGACCACAUUAUUCUGGCCAUCGAGUGGUUGGUGAAAGUGGAGAAGCCGUCGGUUAAUCAGCAGCAUGUGGCUCUUCCUGCUCCGCAAGAAAUUACUCUUCCGGAGUCACUAGUUUCUAUCCCUCAAAGGAUUUCCGAGGAGAGUGUGCAAGAAGUGGAAGUAGAACUGCCGCCGGAAAGCUCCAAGCUGGAGAUGGAAACGGAACUCCUUCAGCAGCAGGAGGAGCAGUUGAGGAAACCCCACGUUGACGGCAGGAUCUGCACUGAGGCCUUGACCCACUUGAUCAGCUCGCUGAGAUCGCUGAAUUCGAAUGAACCACGUCCCACUUACAUGAUAACCCAGCGGAACAGAAGAUCUGUCCCAUUAUAGUGACCAUUUUAAUCCUUGUGACACACGAAAUUAAAAGUAAAUAGGUUUUCCAUUGUCUUGACCGAAUCGAA